GUGGAAGGAAGGUCCUGGGAUGAAAUCAUAUUAUGAUAGCAUACAAAAUCAAUAAGGCUUUCAACUACAUAUUAUAAUUGACAUGCUAUUGACAGAUGAUCUCAUUCAUGCUCAUGCCAAUUUCACAAGUUAUACGGAAAAUCCUUGUUGAAUGCCAGCACAUCGAACUUUGAUCAGCCACCGUAAACACCUGAAGAGAAGCUGAAGAUAACCACAAACAAGUUGACCUCGAGCACGAAGAUGUCUUUUUUAUUCGGGCGAAGGCCGCGCCCAAACACGGUGGAUUUAUCAAAGCAGGCCAAGGACUUGAUACUGAGGCUCGAUGGCCCUGGAGGAGCUGCAAAGGUAUGCUUUAGGCGCAUUAGAAGGAGCAGUGAAUUAUGGAUGAGCUAACGAAUGGACAGGCGGAGGAGCUGGCGAAGGCUCUAUCUCAGAUGAAGUUCAUUUUGCAAGGGACACAGGGUAAUUUAUGCAAACAGGUCAAUUUAUUGUCACUUACUGACUGCUCCUUAGAAAUCGAAAGCACCCCCGAGCAAGUCCACCAGCUUGUAACUGGAAUGAUUCAGGAAGAUUUACUUUACCUCCUUGCCAUAAAUCUUUACCGUCUCCCUUUCGAAUCAAGAAAAGAUGCUCAGGUUAUAUUUUCUUACGUCCUACGGUUCCGUCCCGCGACAGCAUCACCGAAGAGUGAACCUAUGGCGCUUAGUUAUGUUAUAAAUAAUAGACCGGAGGUACUGGUUGAGCUAUGUAACGGUUACGAGCAUAAGGAAAGUGCUACACCUGCUGGGACAGUUCUUCGAGAGGUUUUGAAGAGUGAUGCUGCAGCAGCCAUCAUUCUGUACAAUGAUAUUAAGGAAGGAGAUGUUAGCACAAAAGGCUUGACUGCUAUACAACCAGAAAUCAAGCAGACUGGAGAGGGAGUUUUUUGGAAAUUCUUUAAUUGGAUUGACCAAGGAUCAUUCGAGGUUGGAGCAGAUGCUUUCACAACUUUUAGAGUAGGCAAUGCAGUCACGUUGGAAUGAAUAAAGCUAAUGCAGGCACAGGAACUGUUGACCAAGCACAAACAAAUCGUAGCACAAUAUUUGGCUACCAAUUUCGACCUGUUUUUCGAUAAGUACAACAAUAUUUUAGUCCAAUCAGCAAGUUAUGUUACCAAAAGACAGUCAAUAAAACUUUUGGGUGAGAUUCUUUUGGAUCGAGCCAACUAUACAGUUAUGACAGCAUAUGUUGAUCGAGGAGAGCAUUUAAAGAUAUGCAUGAAUCUUCUUCGGGAUGAGAGAAAGAUGGUGCAAUAUGAAGGAUUUCAUGUUUUUAAAGUCUUCGUGGCGAAUCCACAUAAAUCCAUGGCUGUACAGAGAAUACUGCUCAAUAAUCGAGAAAGAUUAUUGAAUUUCUUGAAACAUUUCUUAGAAGAUCGUACAGAGGAUGAACAAUUCAUUGAUGAGAGGGAGUUCUUGAUCAAGCAGAUAGAGAGAAUGCCACCACAACCUGUUGAGCCGGCACAAAAGCCUGCACUAUUAAUGGGACGUUAAGAGGGAGAAGUUAGAGAAGUUUAUAGACAGUGAUGAGAUGAGACAUAUGGGCAGGCACUGAUGGCUGGAUACGACAUGAACAUAAUCAUAAUCGGAGUUGGGAGCAUUAAGGUUUUGAAUGAAUGGAAUAGGGAGCAAUCAUUGUAAACAGCAAAGGCGUUUUAAAUCGUGGACGUUCAUAAAUUACAAACAUCAUGAAGUCUCAAAUAAAGGAUCAAAUCAAAUAGAAUACUACCUAGUAUGUUCAUAGAUAAGUUGCAGUUGUUAUAUGGAUUCUGUUUGCAUUGGAGGAGAG